AUGCUGCCCUCACAGCACACAGUGACGGGAAGUCGUUCGCCUCAGCCGCCAGAGAACACGCCCGUGGAUGCUAAAAUCCCAUUAUUUUGCAAGCCUCCAGGGCUGAAUAUUACAGCACUAAACAUUCAGAAGCUGCACGCGAGCGAUGCCCUCACGCUGCCUUCGCCUGCCCUUCAAAAUGCGUUGCUCGAGGCCUACGUCGGCCUGGUCCAUCCCAUGCUACCCAUCCUCGACCUCUCCAAUUUUCUAAACGCCGUGACUCGUGGCGACGGCAGUGCAGGCCAAGUCAGCUUGAUGGUGUACCAGGCCGUGAUGCUUGCCGCGUGCCCCUUUGUCGACUCUCGAAAACUGGAAGCUGAGGGAUUUGAGGACAACCGAGCCGCGCUAAAUGUGUAUUUUCAACGAGCCAAAGCGCUGUACGACCUGAAUUACGAGUCUGAUGCUCUGGCCAUUGUUCAGACCACGCUCCUCAUGACAUACUCGUUCGAGGCGCGACACAACACGACCAACUCCUGGCACUGGAGCGGCAUCGCCAUCUCAUACGCCUACAAUAUAGGCUUGCAUAUCGACCCCGAGACCUUCGGCUUUGAGCCUAGUCUCCGCAAGCUCAGGCGGAGGCUCUGGUGGGCGUGCUUCAUGCAGGAUCAGAUGGUUGGGCUCGCGACUCGCCAACCGCCGCGAAUCAGAAAGGACGACUUCAGUACGAAGAUGCUCCAAGACAGAGACUUUGAUGUCUUUACAGACCCUCAGGGACAACUGGCAGCGUGGUUCCCCUGUCUCUUGACAGCAGGUCAGCAACAGGAAUUGGCGCUUCUCUGCAUCGAAAAGACGAAACUUUGCGUGAUCAUCAGCAAGAUUUUCCACGAUCACUAUACGGCGCAAUACAAAGACAAAGAAUCUCGCAAAUCGUCCGACCUGCGCGCAUUGCUGCUCUAUCCCAAACCCGCAGGCACUUGGAAGCCGAAUGCCUCCGUCCUCGAUGAUGAAUUGAUGGCCUGGAACACCGCGCUUCCUCAAGUUGUUCAGCAAUCGCCGGCGUUGAACCAAACCAAUAAGGCACCUGAAUCCUUUUCAAUUAUAGAUGUGCAUUGCUAUGCACUAUGUUUGAUAUACCGUGCUGUGACUCUGACCCUGCAUCGGCCAGAGGCUCAGGAAGCAUCGGCCAUCCAAGAUCGAUGGUAUCCCCUGAUGCGCACUCGCACCGCUGCGAAAGAGAUCACCCGGAUGCUUGCGGAACUGCAAAGCUACGGCAGGGUCAGAUCUCUCCCCGUGGUUUGCAUCGUCGCCGCGAUUCCUGCAGCCGUCAUCCACAUCUGCGACAUGAAGGACACCAUGCCUAACAUCAACUCAUCAGCUGCGACACGGUAUUGGAAAUGCGUGGGCGUCUUAGAGGAUCUACGGACCGUUUAUAACGCCGCACCGUUCGCCAUCGAGUUUUUGAAUGCUGCAUACAUCAAAGUGACGGGGGACACAUUACUCACAUCGAAAUACUUGAUGCUGGAAGAAACCAUAUCUGACUCCCCGGCUGACUACCAACGAGACCUUCUGACCCCUGUGCCGAGUAACCUUCUGGAGACGUGGUAUGAUGCGAAUGCUGGACCUAUGGGGUCGGAGGACGGAGACCUGGUGAUAUCGGUAUUAUCUGAUGGCAACAACGGGGAGCUCUUUGGGCUCUCCCCUGCGGACGGUAGUCUGCAAUUUCCGCCAUACACGGGAUGA